AAAAAGUCCAUAGACCAAAAGGCUUCUCUUUCUACUUUCUCUCUCUAGUCUCCACCACAGUUGUAGAACUAUAAAGGCUAAAAAUCAAUUAGGAGUUAGGACUAGUCUUUGGUUCCACUCCAACUGCUGACAAGUCUUUCUCUUCAAUCGUUUUCGCACCAAACGAUAACGUCAUCGUUUCCCAUUAAAAUCUUUAAAAUCUUAGAUUUUACUCUAUUCCCGACCUCCCCAGUCUCUCUCUUCUCCAAACCUUGUUUAUUCCUCUGCGAUUUGCUGUUCCUUCCUUAUCUGAAGCUCCAGAGGUGGAGAUCGAGAGGGAGAGAGAGAGAGAGAGGAGGAUAAGCAAGAUCUUUUUAAUGGGUUCUGAUUCUUUUCCCGUCUUAACUCCAUCCAAGCCCAAUUCUUCACCCGCCCAGGAGGAAGACUCACCUAACCCUUCCACUGCCCUUCUUGCCUUCGAUACUGACUCCUCCCCUUCAGACCCUUCUCAGAAAUCCACCACCACCCCCACCACCACCACCAUCCUCUUUAUUACCCUUCUCAUCAUCACCUGCAUCUCCCUUGCUGCCUCUGGCGCCUUUGCCUUCCUCUUCUUCUCCUCCACUUCUCGCUCCCAGCAACCUUCCACUUCUCUUGCUUCCCAAUCUUCAACUCCAGCAGAAACAGAAACCACCGCUCGCCCUCUCACCAAGCUCGAUCAUCCCGUCGUUCUCCUCAUCUCUUCCGAUGGGUUCCGAUUUGGGUAUCAAUUCAAAACCCCUACCCCCAACAUAGGUCGUCUUAUCGCCAACGGCACUGAAGCCGAAACUGGUCUCAUCUCUGUUUUCCCUACCCUGACGUUUCCCAACCAUUACUCGAUCGUCACUGGACUCUACCCUGCCUACCAUGGCAUCAUCAAUAAUUAUUUUGUCGAUCCCAUCUCUGGGGACUCAUUCAACAUGGGCAGCCACGAACCCAAAUGGUGGCUGGGCGAACCCUUGUGGGAAACCGUGGUCAAUCAUGGAUUGAAGGCUGCUACCUAUUUCUGGCCAGGCUCUGAGGUACAUAAAGGUUCUUGGGACUGCCCUUGGAAGCUCUGCCAAUAUUACAAUGGUUCUGUGCCUUUCGGAGAACGUGUUGAUACCGUCCUACAGUACUUUGAUCUUCCUAGUAGUGAGAUCCCUGCGUUCAUGACUCUGUAUUUUGAAGACCCAGAUCAUCAGGGUCACAAGGUUGGAGCUGACGAUCCGGAGAUCACUGAAGCAGUUGCCGGGAUAGAUAGGAUGAUCGGAAGGCUGAUUGACGGGCUGGAGAAAAGAGGGGUUUUUGAGGAUGUCACCAUAAUUAUGGUGGGUGAUCAUGGAAUGGUCGGUACCUGUGAUAAAAAACUCAUCUAUCUUCAUGAUCUCGGACCCUGGAUUGAUAUCCCGAAGGAUUGGGUCCAGUCGUACAGUCCAUUGCUUUCGAUUCGGCCUCCAGCAGGUGUCUCCCCUUCAGAUGUCGUAACCAAGAUGAUGGACGGCUUGAGCUCUGGGAAGAUUGAGAAUGGUAAGAAUCUCAAGGUUUUUCUUAAGGAGGAUCUUCCCGAUCGACUUCAUUAUGUAGGGAGCGAUAGAAUUUCACCCAUAAUAGGACUAGUUGCAGAAGGGUUUAAGGUGGAGCAGGCUAGAUCGAAGAGUAAAGAAUGUGGAGGAGCGCAUGGAUACGACAAUGCAUUCUUCUCCAUGAGAACCAUUUUCAUCGGCCAUGGACCUCAGUUCGCUAGAGGUCGCAAGGUCCCAUCCUUUGAGAAUAUCCAGAUAUACAAUCUAAUCACUUCUAUCCUUAAGGUACAGGGAGCCCCUAAUAAUGGGUCAGCGUCGUUUCCAGAAACUAUUCUGUUGCCCAGUUCCUGAUGCCCAGUUAGCUCGCAUGCUUUUGAGGGAUGUCUACCACAACAGGACGGAUCAAAACUGAGCAAGAUGAAUCUGUCGUCCUCCGGAAUGGGUGUUCCGAGUUCUUAAAAUUAACUUACACCUGGUUUUGCAGCAGUGGAACAAUGUAAGUGGUCAUGGAAUCCCUCUUAAUCUUAUUAAUCAUCUGAAGUAUCUGUUAAUGCCGACAUCCCUACAACUCUUUUCUGGCUAUCUUGGUUCUUGCUGGAGUAUUUAGCAAUUGAAGACUAGCACUAUAGUUGUAAAGUUGUAAUUUUGUAAACUGGUUUAUUAAUUUGCUUAAAGAAUAGAGAUAAAAGGUCCUCUUGGAUCUUUAUGGAGUUUAUCUUUUCA